CACAGGCCGAGCACAUAACUCUGGGCAGCUGCCGUCUGAGGCCCGCAGACACCCAGCAGCUCUGAGCAAACUGCCAUCAUGAAGGCCCUCCUGGUCCUGCCACUGCUGCUGCUGCUUCUCUCAACUCCUCUUUGCGCCCCUCAGGCUUCUGGGAUCCGGGGAGAUGCAUUGGAGAAGUCUUGCCUCCAGCAGCCUCUGGACUGUGAUGACAUCUACGCCCAGGGCUACCAGGCAGACGGUGUAUACCUCAUCUACCCGUCUGGCCCCAGCGUGCCGGUGCCUGUCUUCUGUGACAUGACCACCGAGGGGGGAAAGUGGACGGUUUUCCAGAAGAGAUUCAAUGGCUCAGUGAGUUUCUUCCGGGGCUGGAACGACUACAAGCUGGGCUUUGGCAGAGCGGACGGGGAGUACUGGCUGGGGCUGCAGAACAUCCACCUCCUGACACUGAAGCAGAAGUAUGAGCUGCGAGUGGACUUGGAGGACUUCGAGAAUAGCACAGCCUACGCCAAGUACGUGGACUUCUCCAUCUCCCCCAACGCCAUCAGUGCUGAGGAGGAUGGCUACACCCUCUACGUGGCAGGCUUUGAAGACGGCGGGGCAGGAGACUCCCUGUCCUACCACAGCGGCCAGAAGUUCUCCACCUUUGACCGGGACCAGGACCUCUUUGUGCAGAACUGUGCAGCUCUCUCCUCGGGGGCCUUCUGGUUCCGCAGCUGCCACUUCGCCAACCUCAAUGGUUUUUACCUGGGUGGCUCCCACCUCUCCUAUGCCAAUGGCAUAAACUGGGCCCAGUGGAAGGGCUUCUACUAUUCCCUCAAGCGCACCGAGAUGAAAAUCCGCAGGGCCUGAGGAGCAGGGUCUCAUCCCUCUCCUGGCUGCUCUGCAUUUCCAUGAGUGCUCCCUCCUGCCCCCUCCCCCCCUCCCCCAGGCUUCUGCUGCUUCCUGAGCACCAGCUUCUCAAAAGGCCUUGGGACUCCAAGCCAAGGCUGAUCCCUAUCACACACCCAGGUGUCCAUUUCUAACACAGGCUCUGUUCUUCACUGCCUGAGGCUAGCCAGCAGCCCCCUAGGCUUCUUCUGAGACACAGCUGUGCCAGCCUGGAUAGGGCUGGGCUCCAUAAAACUGAGUUAGUUACCCAGGCCCUUUUCCAACAGAUGAAGCCAGAAGCCACCCUCCCAGGACUGGCUGUUGUAUUCCAUCUUGGCCAGCUUCCUUAUUGUGGAAGAUCACUCAGGGGCUACCAUAGACUAAGUAGGGCAAAAAAAGAAAGAAAGAAAGAAAGCACCCCUGGGGUAUACCAAGCACUAUGUGGAUAGCCAUUUUCACUCCCUAACACUCCCUCUGGCUAUCAGAAUCCCUCCCAUAGUUAGCUUCUCCCUCACCCACUAAUCCCCCUGUGGUGAGGAUCCUUAGCCAUAGCCCCACCUUAUUCCCCAGCUCCUUGCACAGCCUGUCCCAGCCCCCUAAAAAGGACAAUGGCAAAAACAGUGUUCACCACAAGCUAUUAUAUCCCCCCAAAUCAGUCAAGGGCAAGGUAAGCAUGCAAACGAGGUCCCCCACCUGCCCCCAGGGACUGGACUUGGGCUAUGCAAAAGGGCAGAGAACAAUCUGUGGGGCUGGGUGUGGGUGCGGAGUGGAGGUCUCAAUAAACCUUCAGGACCUGA